UGCCCAAUCCAUAGCAUAAUAGAAAUAAAAUAGAAAAUCCUCCAUUCUUUACCCUCCCUUCUUCAACUCCCAACGCCAAAGACAUUAACCCAAAAUGUCAAUAACCUCCUCUCUGCAAUCUCUGAAAUUGUCAUCACCAUUUCUCCAUGGCAGCUCAACCUCCCUUUAUCGUCUCUCAAAGCCCAAUUCUUCCCUGUCUUGCCAGCCACUGAAAUCCCCGGCUUUUCUCCCUCCAAUCAGGGCAAUGAAAUCCAUGCAAGGCAAGGUCGUUUGUGCUACAAAUGAUAAGACUGUGUCGGUGGAGGUGGUGCGCUUAGCCCCGCAUCCUAAGUACAAGAGGCGUGUGAGGAAGAAGAAGAAGUUCCAGGCUCAUGACCCUGAUAACCAGUUCCAAGUCGGUGACAUUGUGCAGCUGGAAAAGAGCAGGCCUAUUAGCAAGACCAAGACUUUCAUUGCUGUGCCCAUACCAAGCAAGAAUGGGAAGCCCGGGAAUGAAGAGACAGGGGAGCUUGGGAUCCCGUUGGAGUCAAACCAGCCUUGAGAGGAGCCGGCUUAGUGUUAAACUCCUUGGGAUGUGGCCCUUUUGGUGCGGUAAAUUUGUAAUCUUUUGCAAUUGUGCUUGUGUCAAUGUAACAAUUGUUGUUUCCAAUUGAUAUGGAUUGUUUAUUGGGUUUGUGAUGA